UGCGUCCACUGCCCCUCUUUCUCUUUCCAUACCAAACUGCAAAUUCACAGACUUGGUUGGAAAUUCGGAGAUGUCGCAAUCAGUGCUUGGGAGGUCGUUCAUUAGAAAAGUGCCCAUCUCUCGGCGCUCCAAAAGAGCGGUGCGGAGCAAAUUGUCUCCUAGGGACUGGAAGGGGCUUGCCCAGACAGCUCCCGGCAGGGGCUGUGGUGGGAUAUGCUAAUAAAGACUGGCCUCUGCGGACCAGCCUCCCUUUCCAUGUAUAUAUAAGGGCCCCCCGCAUCAGCCGAAGGACACUUGGUCUCGGGUCCCUAAUUACGGAGGAAAUUGCCCCAGCGCACUGCGGAGCGCCUCGCCGAGAGCCGGUGGCCGCCGUUCCGUACUGACGCCUCCGUAGCAGGGAUGGAGGUGAUGGACAGCUGCAAGUUCUCCCCGUCCGAGCUCUUCUAUGACAGCUCCUGCCUCUCCUCCCCGGAGGGCGAGUUCCCCGAGGAUUUUGAGCCCAGGGAUCUGCCACCUUUCAGUGCCCACGAGCCCCCCGAGCCCGCCUGCUCCGAGGAAGAGGAGCAUGUCCGAGCUCCCACUGGCCACCACCAAGCCGGUCACUGCCUCAUGUGGGCUUGCAAAGCCUGCAAAAGAAAAUCCACCACAAUGGACCGGCGGAAGGCAGCCACCAUGAGGGAGAGGAGGAGGCUGAAGAAAGUGAACCAGGCUUUUGAGACUCUGAAGAGAUGCACCACUGCCAACCCCAACCAAAGACUCCCCAAAGUAGAGAUCCUGAGAAACGCCAUCAGAUACAUCGAGAGCCUCCAGGAGCUCUUGCGGGAACAGGUAGAAAACUACUAUCACCUGCCGGGACAGAGUUGCUCCGAACCGACCAGCCCCACUUCCAGCUGCUCCGAUGGGAUGGCCGACUGUGGCAGCCCCGUUUGGUCGGCGAGAGGCAGCAGCUUCGACGCCGUCUACUGCGCCGAGAUGGCCCACGGGUACGCCGCCGAUCAGAGCAGCGCCCUGUCUAGCCUGGACUGCCUCUCCAGCAUCGUGGACCGUCUCUCCCCGGCCGAGGAACCAGGGCUGUCACUGCGCGACGCCGACUCCCUCUCGCCCAGCGCCAGCAUCGACUCGGGCCCGGAGACGCCCGGGACGCCGCUGCCCCGACGGACCUACCAGGCGCUAUGAGGGGCCGGAGGGCCGGCACGCCGCGCCUGCCGCCGGGGCCGCCUCCCGCGCCCGGCCGCCUCCUGCAAACGCUUCUCGGGCAAGAGGGGCAGCCCCGGAGCCCCUUGGGCCGCCGCUUCCCUCUGGGGCCGCAGGCAAAGCGCCGCGCCGGCCCCCGGCCAGGGAUUUCCCGCAGCCCGGCAGGGCGAGCAGACCCCGCGGCUCGGGACACACGCGCUGCCCUGGAAUCCCCGCUGCAAAUAAAACGUGCU